CCCCCACCUCCCUUUAUAACGCCACCCCCGCGCCCGCCUCCCCUUCCUGAUCCCGUCUCUCUCUCGCCUAGUCGCCCUGUCCAAGAAAGCAGCCUCAUCUCUCUCAUCUGGAGACCGACGCAUCUCCACCUCUCCAAGGAACGGCGGACAGAGAGAGAGGAAGGCCACCGGGGCGGCGGCUGGUGGUCGGCGUGCGGGCGGCUGGUGGUCGGCGGGCGGGCGGGCGGGUUCGCAGUCACAUGGCGGCGGCGGUGAAGGUGGCGGUGGAAGCGGAGCGGGAUCCGGUGGCGGUCCGCGCCGCGCAGAUUCUCGUCAGCCUCCGGCUCCGGGAGCUGCGGGAGCGGCCGGAGUGGCUCAAGGCGCCGGCGGCCGAGGCCCCCUCCUCCUCCUCGCCCGCCGCGGCGGCGCCGGUGCCGGCGGGGUGGGCGGUGCGCCGGCCGCGGAGCCGCGGGAGGCGCGGGUCGGCGGCUCCGUGGAGGAAGGCGCUGCGGGAGAUGGACCUCGCCGCAGCCGCCGCCGGGGGAUCCGGCGGGGAGGGAAGGGAGCACGCCGCGCCGGCGCGCCGGCCGGCGGAGGCGGCGGCCGGAUCCGCCUCGCCGUCUACGAGCUCCGCCGGCCGCGCGGCGCGCCACGCGGCGGAAGGUAAGGCGGCGGCGGCGGCGAAGGAGCCCAUGAAGGCGUCCAGUCCCGUCACGCCGCUGGACUACGGCGCCGGCGGAUCCGGCGCGUCCGGCGCGUCGUCGAGCGCGGACGACGCGGCGCUGCCGCGGGCCAAGCGGAGGGCGCCCGGCGCGCGCGGAUCUGGCGGCGGCGCAUCGUGCGCCGACGACGACGAAGGCUGCAGCUCGCCGGCGAAGCGGGCGCGGGUGGGGGCGGCCGACGACGAGGUGCCUAUCCCCACGGGACCGAGUAUGCAGAGCGAAACACGCGCAUCCAUCACCAAGGGCCUCGCCUUCGACCUCGACCUGAACCUCCCGCCGCCGGAGGCCGACGCCGACGCCUGUCCGGACGCCUGCUGAUCCAGGGCCCGGAUGAAAUUUUGCCGACGAAGAAGAGUUCGCGCUCGUGGAAAUAAACCCAACCCUACGCUCGAGCUGUACAUAAAGGAGGGCUUGGCCAGUCGGGAGGAGCUGCUGAGGGGAGCGGCCUUCAUAGAUUAUUGCGAUGUGCGAGGCUGAUGAGGAUGAUCAGGAUGCGGCGGUUGGCUUCACCGGAUCCUUUCAGGUUCAUUUUGGUCAGCUUUGUUGGUUGCCCGGGGCUGGCGUGUGGCGAACAGUAGGUUCGCCCAUUGCCCUGUUUAGUUCUGCUCUUGUUUUCUUGUGAAUCUGAAUUCAAUUCAACUGAUACGGCGAAGGAACAACGAUAUAUAAUACCUUAAUUAGUUCAUUUCUUCAGUUUC